CAAGCUACCUGGCAACAAGACUAUCCUUCUCCCACUUGCACACCCUGCCUCUGCGCCCGACAAACACCUGUCCCCGACACAGAAUCAAAGAUGGCCAUGCUGUUUGGCUUCGGAAACCUGAUUUACAUCAUUGUCCUCCUCACAAACGCCAUAGCCAUCCUCUCCGAAGACCGAUUCCUCGCGCGCAUCGGAUGGUCAAACACGGUACAACAGCCAGGCUUCGGACAACAGGUCGGCGGAGAUGCGAGUAUCAAGCACAAACUCAUCAAUCUGAUGACGAGCGUGCGGACUUUGAUGAGGAUUCCACUGAUUCUGAUCAAUACGGUCAUUAUUCUGUAUGAGUUGUUCUUUGGAUGAGGGGUUGAGAUGAGAGGAAAAGUGUGCUGCAUUGCGUUGGCGUUUGGCAUGGUGGACAUAGUCAAUGAAUGAUACGAUCCCCGC